GGCAAUAGUUAACUUAAAACCCCCCAGCACCCUUCAACUUUUGGUCUAAAAUUGGCUUUUUAGAGUUUCCAUUAUCCGUCUCCUCCUCUCUUUCACAAACUGCAUAUUUAUAUAAUUAAAAUUUUAAGUAAAUCCCCAUCCCACCAAACCCAACAAUGAAAACCCUAAUUCAUCUUUUCCUUUAUUUCCUGAUUUGUUACUCUGAAAAUUCCAUGUAAAUGCUUUGUCCACAUACUAUUUUCAUAUUUAAUAUUUCCAUUUGCAAUAUAUAUAUAUAUAUAGCGAUUAAGGAUUCUGGGUAAGUGGGGGGGAAUUUUAAGGGGUGUUUGAGAAAAAACAAAUGGAAGGGAUACCACACCCUAUACCGAGAACGGUAGAUGAGGUAUUCAACGACUUUAAAGGCAGACGCACUGGCUUGAUUAAGGCUCUCACCACUGAUGUUGGCAAGUUCUACCAACAGUGUGAUCCUGAGAAGGAGAACUUAUGUUUGUAUGGACUACCAAAUGAAACAUGGGAAGUUAACAUGCCUGUUGAGGAGGUGCCUCCUGAGCUUCCAGAACCUGCACUGGGCAUAAACUUUGCUAGAGAUGGAAUGCAGGAGGAGGACUGGCUAUCAUUGGUUGCAGUCCACAGUGAUUCAUGGUUGCUUUCUGUUGCUUUCUAUUUUGGCGCACGGUUCGGGUUUGACAAGCAUGAGCGGAAAAGACUCUAUCUGAUGAUUAACGAUCUUCCAACCAUAUUCGAAGUUGUGACAGGAAACGUUAAACCAUCAAAGGACCAAUCUGCUAAUCACAACAGCAGUGGCAAAAGCAAAUCAAGUGCUAAGUCUCGUCAAUCUGAACCCCAGAGCAAGAUGGUAAAGGUGGCUCCACCAUCCAAGGAUGAGAGUGGGGAAGAAGACGUGGAAGAUGAACAGGGUGCCACUUGUGGGGCUUGUGGGGAUAGCUAUGGAACUGAUGAAUUCUGGAUUUGCUGUGAUAUUUGCGAGAGAUGGUUUCAUGGCAAAUGUGUGAAGAUUACACCUGCAAAGGCCGAGAAUAUCAAGCAGUAUAAGUGUCCAAGUUGCAAUAGCAAGAGGGCUAGAGUUUGAAAGUAGUAGGUUCAGAAAUUUGACUUUAAACCAAUUUGAAACGAAAGAGACAAGGUUGGUUUUAUAGCCUUUUUCUUUACGGUUUAGAAGUAAAACAGAGGUUGCACGCACCUUUUUAGUUGAUGAAUGAAUUUCAUUGACUGCAGAUUGGAUUUUUA